GACAGCUGGUGCCUUUACCUCGCGCCGCCCGAAGACAUGGCAUCCGCGACGACAAUGCACCACCGGCGCCGCUCCAUUAUCCAGCUGGCCUUCCUGCUCCUGGUGGCGUCACCGGCGGCAAUGCUGGCGGCCGGUGGAGCCUGCGAGAGCGAGGAGUUCCCGGCCGGCAGGAGCUACGCGACGUGCGCGGACCUCCCGACCCUCGGCGCCUCGCUGCACUGGACGUACGACGCGGCGGCCUCGUCGCUGUCCCUGGCGUUCGCGGCCAAGCCGCCGGGCACGAGCGGCGCCGGCUGGGUGGCCUGGGGGAUCAACCCCACCGGCGACGGCAUGAAGGGCGCGCAGACGCUCGUUGCCUUCAAGAGCAGCGGCGCGUACGUCGUCAACACGUACAACCUCACCGGGUACCGCCCGCUCAGCGCGGCGUCCACGCCGAUCGCGUUCGAGGCCACCGACCUCGCCGCCGACGAGGGCGCCGACGGGAAGGUGCGGCUCUACGGUACGCUGCAGCUGCCCAAGGGCAUGGAGGCCGUGAACCACAUCUGGCAGGUAGGGUCGACGGUGGCCAAUGGGGUGCCGGCCAAGCACGCGUUCGCGCAGGAGAACCUGGAUUCGAAGGGCAGUCUCGUGCUCACUGGUGCCGGAGCGACGGACGCCGCGCCGGCUCCGGUGGCCGGUGGCCCGUCGGCCGAGGAGGCUACUGGUAACCUAGAGACAGAGACCGCGCCCGAGGCAGCGCCGGCCCCGUUGGCCGGUGCCCCGUCGACCGAGGAGGCUGGCGGUGACCUAGAGACGGGAACCGCACCGUCGCCAGCGCCAGCGCCGUCCAGCGGGUCGGCAGCGAUAAUCACCACGUACGCCUCGGCUCCGGUGUUCAUUUUGAUUCUGGUGUUCGCUGGUUUCUUCGCGACUGUAUAAUCUCGGUGACAUUAAAUUUGUCAACUGGAGAACGUGUCUAGGGUAGUCUUUUUUUUUCCUUGAGCACUGUGCAACCCUUUUUUUUCUCCGGGUUGAAAUGAAAGUUCGUUGUAUUUUCAAGAGGGUGUUUUUGUUUCAUGGUCAUUUUGAUUUUGGUGUGUUUGUCAACGUGAUUUAUUGGAUGAGUUCGAAGCUUCUUUUUUUUGCAUUCAAUUCUACACGAACUGAAUAUUACCAUUAGUUUCUCUCUUUUCUGCCAAAUAAAUAUUUACCGUUCUGUUAGGAAGCCACAUGCUUAUCUCUCACGACUAUCUCGAUUAACCAGUAGCAGUAGUGUUUGGCAUAUAGAAUUUGAGAGAGAAAGAGAGGGUGGGGAAGGAGAAGGAAGUAGGUAAUGAAGAACAGAGCCAGGCGCCAAUCUUGGGGAUGAUCAGUUGCAAAAGAAAAUGAAGUGUAUUACGAGCACUUCUAAUCCAGAUGAGUUGAUACAAUCAUGGGGAUGAUCCAUUGGUAAAGAAAACUAAGAGUACUAUGAGCACUUCUAAUUCAGAUGAGUUCACAAUAGUUCAUGUGAAGGACAAAAAUAAAGUUUUAGUUUGCUUUAUUUAUAAGCGAGGCGAAAGCCUAUUUCGAGAGAGGACCAAAAUAAAAUUAAUCUCUAUAUAAGAAUGUGGAUAUCAACAUGAAUGAUAACAAUUAGUGAUCAUGAGUACAGUUUUAAUUCGUCUACUAUAAGGAAUGCUAAUCUUGCUGAGAACAAUUUUUUGGUAAUAUGUGUAGUUUUGGGAUGUCCAAUGCCGUCAAUCUCCGUUCGAUUGCCAUCAACUGCCCAUUUUAUGCUUCGUGGGUUGGAUGUACUAGAGUGGCACUUUUCUGAGAGAAAAUUUGGAGUGUUCUCCUUGUUUGAGAGAAAAUUUGGAGCAUUCUCCUUGUUUGAGAAUUAUUAUUGAUCAAACUUAUGCACUAUGCUAGUAUUCACACUUCAUAAAUUAUUUCGUUUAUAAUUUACCUACUCGAGGACGGGGGGAUUAAGCUUGAGGGUGUUGAUACGUCUCCAACGUGUCUAUAAUUUAGGAAGUAUUCAUGUUAUAUUUACAUGAGUUUUAUAUGGUUUUGUUGCAUUUUUAUACUAUUUUCAUGGACUAACAUAUAAACCAAGUGUCCAGUGUCAAUUCCUCUUUUUGCAUGUUUUUUGUUUCGCGAAAAGCCACACCAAACGAAGUCCAAACACGAUGAAAAUUUACGG